AAACUACACCAAAUAUGCUGAGGAUACGACAUCGCGUGACAGCGACUCGCUAAUUCAAGAGUAUGGCAAUAUACCCACAGAGGAGACCAACACAUACUGUUGGCGGCAUCCGAAGGUGCGCGAAAAUUGGCGAACUGUAUUAGCUGCCGUCACAUUGUUGAUUGUCGGCACCGGUCUCUUUGUAUUCGGUACAUUCGCUGUCGCAGAUCCGGCGAACACAUCACAAGGUGUGGUGUUCUUUGUAGCUGGCCUAAUCUGCUUUAUACCGGGCGCCUAUCAUGUUGUCUACAUUUGGCUGGCAGCCAAAGGAUACCGAGGGUUCGACUUCUAUCAUCUCCCGUUGUUUACAUAAAAUAAUGUUGUCGACGCCAAUGAUGACAAUGACGACGACAUAUACAUAGAUACCACAUAGAUAGAUGAGAAGGCAAGACAACGAUGGCGAUGGCGAUGGCGAUGGCAUGGGCGAAGAAGGCAUUAUUAAAGCCCAGAAAGACGGCGAACCGACGACGAAGACGAUGGCGAUGGCGAUGGCAAUGAUAAAGGCGCGUUAGCAGAAUAGGAUAAAUGGCUUGCGUUAUACAUCAUUUGAGUUGCGUGUUGUUUGCUUUGAGUGAGCGUUCGUCCUGUUGUUGUCUGCGAAAUGUUUACGUUACAUUGUCGGUAGCAUAUGAAAUAUUUAAACUUUAAUGUUUGCCAACAAAGCGAUUAAGCGAGUACAUAGGAAAGGAGCAAAACAUAAACAUUUAUUGUGGUGUUUAGUAAAGCGUUAAUUUUUUUUUUUUAAUUUUAGCAACACAUCAUCGCAAUUUCACUUUAAGUCGUUGCAAGUCCAAAAAGCCACACUCAGCUUCCUAUUUAUAUUGCGGCCAAAAACCCGUUAUCAUCAUUCGUAAAAUCGUCAUAUUAGGUUGUGUUUACGAGUUUAGAUUAACUCACACACACACACACAGCCAUACACACUCUCUCUCUCUCAUACACAUAAUUAAUUCAACGCUUGAUAAGCAAAUGCAUGCAGCAAUCAUCAUACGACUUUAGAAAACCGUAAACGACUAAUCAUAGUAUUUAGUCAAUAUUUAAAUGCUACUGAUAUUGCAUAAUCGGUAUACAUACAUACAUACAAUAAAGAGAAGCAACUAAGCAAGUAAGCAAGAAGCAAUGAAACGAUAAAUGUCAAUCUACGAAUUUUGUUACGUGCAAAAAUCUGAAAAAUUAUUUAUAGCAAGUAAAUAACUAAAGAUUUUAUUUUCAAAC